GACCACUGAAGCUGACAUUGUUGACAAUUAAUUUACUCUCGAUAAUUGACAUUUGACAUCAAACAAUCAUUUAAUCUUUGUUAACUGUCAAAUUUAACUUGUUCUUGGACUUUUUAAAUUGUGUUUACUCGUAUAAGUAGAAAUUUCCUAAAGAAAACAUCAUUCUGCUUGGAAUCUGGUGAAAUUGAGUGUUCAUCAUAGGGCUGUCAGAUACUGCGUUGAUGGACAUGGUUGUCUCAAACCUCCAGCAGCAACGAGCCAUCGUUCAACAGCUCAGAAGGGAAGCUGCCAUUAAGAGGAUGCCUGUAUCCUUAGCGGUUGCUGAUAUCAUCAAGUAUAUAACAGAGCACGAACAGGAUGACUGCUUACUUGUGGGAUUCUCUAGUCAACGAGUAAAUCCAUUUAGAGAGAAAACUCCAUGUUCAAUAUUGUAAUUUAAGAUGACAAAAUUAUAUUUGAUUCCUAGAGUUGACUAUAUUUUAAGAAGCGCUGUAAUACUACUUUCUACUGCAAGAUUGCCAAAUAUAUUUGCCUAUAAGACUGAUGAGAAAUUUAGGUCCAACUACUAAAACACUUUCUAGCUUAAUUGAAUUUAAUGAGGAUACUCUAACAGGGUGCAAUUUCAUUCAGAAUCUGUAUUACAUUUUUCACACAAAAAUCUGGCUCUAGGAAUGUUAAAUUUUAUUCAUUUAGAUCUGUUCUUUAAAUUAUUUGUCAAUGAAAUAAAAGUUUGUUUAUACAUCUUUUAA